UUGCUUCGGAAGAUACGGUCGCACUUCAACUUUCGCAGCGAAAAAUUUUUAUUUUUAUUUAGUAUUUCCUUUUCAUUGCUAUAAAGCUGCUUAAUUUAUUAAUUUGUUAUAAACAGUUAAAAUAAGCGCAAUGCUAAGAUGCUUACGUACGUAAACAGUUCUAAAGAUAAAGUGCUUAAUUCGGGUUAACAAUUUGCUUCGUCAGUGCCGAAGAUCCGAUCUCCACAUAAAGUAUUGAAAUGAACGUAAAGUGAAAAAUAAAGAAGUGACGUUUGCAGUGUCUAGACCUGGAGGUUGUUUUUUUUUUUGUUGUUCGUGUGCUUGAUUUCUUAACUUAACUUGCAUAUAUCGUAUGUUGAAUAUCGUAAAAAGAUGUUGUGAUGGCGAAAAUGGCAUCUGGUGACCUUUCGUUGACCAGCACAAGCAGUCAAGAGGAAGAAAGUUCAGAGUAUGUGGGCUACGAUAACACAUUGCGACCACCAUCGAAUUCCAGUGGCAGCACAACGGCAGCGAAUAUGGCCAAUAACAAUGGGCCCACAAAGGUGGUCGGUGGAGUUGGAAGUGGGGGAGGCAGUUCCAAGAAAUACGAUCUUCUUCAAUCACAAUACGAGUCGGCAAUGUUGGAGUUGAGCACAUUGCGUGUACGAAAUACGAAUUCGGAGCAACGCUGUGAUGAGUUGGCCACACAGUUAAGUCUCUACCAGGAGCACUAUAUGGCCGAUCGAAAUAAGUUUACAGAUAUUGUGGCCGAGAGUGCGCAUCUGAAGCGCAAGCUGAUGCUGCUGGAGAAUCAAAGCCAGAACAAUGGCAAUCCUUCAGCACCCCAAUCCUCGACAGCUGGCAGCAAUUCCUUUUACUACGGAAAGAUGCAGACUCCAUGCGAUGGCAGCUGCAGUGCCAGCGAGAAGUUGACGGAGCUAAAGAAGGAACGUAAUCUGAUUGCCAUGGAGCGGGAAAAAUACAAGAAAUCAUAUUUUGAGCUGGAGAAGGAACGGAAUUUCUAUCGGGAACGUGGUGAUGAAAAUCAAACGUUAAAGGUGCUGCUGUCCAAGGAGACAAAGCAUGUGGUUUCCCUCACCGAGGAACUCAAUCAGCUGCUCUCCGAGAAGGACAAUGUGCUGCAGGAGCAUCAAAAGAUGUCCGAUGAUCUGGCGCUGGCCAACAAAGAGAUUGAGAACCUUAAAAAAGAUGAGCUCAUGUACAAGGCAGAUUUGAAAUCGCUGCAAUUGGCAAAUGCGGAGCACAAGAAACGUGAUCUAUUAAAGUCAAGGGAGAGUAGCUGGUCCAAGGAGUUCAACAACGACAACAAGGAGGAGCUGGAGAAGCUGCGCAAGAGUCUCGACAAGGCACAGUCGGAGGUGGAGCGUGCCCUUCAAGAUGCCGAGGAGGCGAAACGUGUCCGUGACUGGGCAAUCUCCCAACGCGAGAAGAUUGUACAGGAGCGCGAUUCGGUGAAGACGCUCUGUGAUAAUCUACGCAAGGAGCGUGACAAGGCCAUCUCGGAUCUCUUGAUGGCCAUUAGGGACAGCGAGAAGAUCAAGAAGCAAAAGGACGAGGCACAAAAGAAGAUCGAUGCCCUCAAGGAGCAGCUAGAGAGUCAGACGAUCACCACAACAACGACAACAACAACGUCGGCAGCUACUCCAACGGACAACGCAUCCCGUCGCAGCUUUCGCCUGAGCAGCUAUGAGAGUGGCGAGGAUCUGCUCGAGAUUGAGCUAUGCAAUUAUCAUGAUGCCGAUUUGGGUAUCAUACUCGAUGACAGUAAUAAGCGGCAAUUGGUUUGUGGCGUCACCAACAUCCCGGCAUUUGGCAAGCUCAAGAUCAACGAUGUCAUCUGCAAGGUGAAUAAUCUGGACUGUCUGGGGGUAUCCAAGCGCAUGGUGCUCGAUGAGAUCCGAGCCUGUGCGCCACGGUGUCUGCUCCUCGUCUCCAGGACACGUCACAGCAAGCGACAUUCAUACGCUGUGCAGCUAAAGACAAAUGGUCGGGAUGCCAUUGGCCUCCAACUGGAUAUGGGUGUGUUUAUAGCCAAAAUUGAACCCAACUCGUUGGCCUUCUAUGAGCCCGAGUUAGAUGUGGGCGAUCGUGUGCUGAGCAUCAAUAACAAGUCCAUGGAUUCACUGCAGUCCAUUGAUGAGGUGAUGCAGUUGCUCAACAGCGACACGGUCAACAUAUUUGCACUCAAAUAUGUGCCGGAACAGCAGCCGGAUGUGCAUUGCCGUAUGACAAGCUCAUCGGCACAGACGGACAGUUCCAUUGAUUCCAUGCAACAGUUGAACAGCAGCAGCGGCAUUGCAAGUGGCAGCGGAGGAGGAGGAGCAACUGGUGGGGGAAACAGCAGCGCCGCCAAGCAUCCGUCCAAAUUUGCCGAUUUUCUGCGCAAGCUCAAGUUCAGUAAACCGGGCACAGCCGAUGAUAGCUUUGAGCAGGAGCACGAUGUGGCAAUUGCCGCCUUGGACUCGGUGCUCAGUGAGAACAGCUCGGAGAAGAGCAAAGAGAAUCUCUUCAAGCGUCACAAGCGUGGCAAGAAAGGUGAAAAGGAGGCCAAAUCCAUGGGCACCUGGCCACGCACCAACAUCUCCCACGACAAUCCAACGGGCACGAUUGUCCAACGUGGCGGUGAAAAGAAACGCGCUCUCAUGUCCCUUUUCACCGCCGGCCCUAUUAAUGUGGACAAGGAUGAUGAUGUUGUGGAUCCGGUGGAGACGAAGCCACAAUUGCAAUUGCAGGAUUUGCCACCGCCGCCGUUGCCGUCGCAGCUGACGAAGCCGCGAAAUUUGAAUGGCAGCGCCAUCAAAACACAUCCCAAUCGCAACUCAAAUCCGGUUAGCAAUGUCGUUGCCUCCGCUCUCUUUCAGCCUGGCAAUGUGGGAGUGAGCUAUCCACGACAUUCACUCUAUGGCAGUGUGCCCACGCCGCCGGAGGACAAACAGCAGCAGCUGCUUCAGCGUCCUGCGCCUUUGAUGGGCGCUAAUGCGCGUGUCAAAUUGCAUGCCCAGGAUCGUUCCGCCCGUUUCCAUAAUCCGCAUCGGUUCUCCUUGAACAUACCGCCAAGUGGUGGGGACUUCUAUCAGCCCAAGACGAGCGGACAGCAGGCGGAGCGUCAGGCGGUGCCAGCGGUGGCAGCCGGAGAAUUUCCCACACGCAAGCAACAGAUGUUUGACAUGUUCCAACAGCCAGCAGCUGCCCCACCGCCACCGUUGCCCAAAAUGAAUGCCAUGUUCAUGCCGUUGCAUCCACCUCCGAGGGUUUCGGGUGGCAGUGGCUCGGCAGGAUCGAGUUCGGGUGGUCCCGUCGAUGUGAUAUCAUUAAAGUCACAGAACUCUAUCGAGUCCAUGCUGUCGGCCAAGAGUCCGCCCAUUAGUGAGUGCAAUGUGUAUCCGAAGAGGAGUGUGCCGCCCAUGCCGCCCAAGCAUGUGUCCAAAUAUCCCAGCGAUAGCGAGAGCAUCGGCUCGGGCAUCCUUGUCUCAGCUGGACACAAUUAUAUGCCGCCACAUCAGGCGUAUAUGGCAAUUGCCGGCAAUCGGCAUACGCAGCUCUUUCCCAGCUUUCCGCCCAGCAGUCAUGGUCGUUAUAUGCGACGCUCGAGUCCGCUGACGUUGCCAUCGCCACCGCCGACCACGAUGACGACGAUGACGAUGGCAACAGCACAGGCAACGCCGCCGCCGGCACAUCUGGAGAGUAAUAGCAAUAGUAGCACCAUUGGCAUCCCAACAGAUUUGGAUUUUGUGCCCGGCCAGCACUCACAGCAUCCGCAUCCACAUCCACAUCCGCAUCCACAUGGUCUUACGCAUAUGCAGCACCCGCCUUAUAUUGAUUACGGCCAACAGCAGUCGCAACAUUAUCCGUAUAAUAGUUUGGCCGGCGUAUCCGUUCCUGGCAAUGGAGUCAUCUACGAGGGCGGCACCUUUCCCCGCAAGAAAGACAAUCAACGCCUACGCAUUCCGUCCAAUCCGAGCGUGGCCAGCAAUCGACAGAAUAGCAGCAGUCUCGUGAAGAACAGUUCCGGCUCCAUUGAUCAUCAUUAUGCCACCGGAACGUGCAACAAUUCGAGUCACACUGGAGGUGGCGCCCCCAUUUCCCUAAUGAGUUCCAGCUAUGCGGCGAAUGUGAGCAGCAUCAAUGGCGUUGCGGGAGGAGGGGGCAGUGGCAGGGGUUCACCCAUGCCACAGGUCCAUGUGGAGGUGCUUAGCCAUGGCGGACCAACGAGUGGCAGCGGGAAACGUUGCUCGAAUGUGGCAUCGGAUUUUCUAUGCCCUGGAGACCUUAGAAGAGUCACGAUCGAUAAGCGCGACAAGUCGCUCGGCAUUACCAUACAGUGCAACAAAAAUGGCGGCGGUAUUUUUGUGUCCACAGUUGCCGACAAGAGUACCGCAAUGCGUGCCGGUCUCCAGGUGGGCGAUCAACUCUUGGAAGUCUGUGGCAUCAACAUGCGUGCUGCCACCAACGAAAUAGCCGCCAAUGUCCUGCGCCAGUGCGGUGAUUCAUUCACAAUGCUGGUCCAGUACAAUCCAGAGAAGUUUCACACCACUGAAUACGAGGGCAUCCACAACCUGGAACCAGAAUCUCCCCUCAACCACUCGGGCUCGCCAACGCCCCGCAACUCACCGCGUCCGCCGGCGCGAAUUGUGCAGGCGACGUUGCCGUUGCAGCCACUGUCCCUGCUGCCAUCAGCGGCAACUGUGACACGUGCACCGCUCUCGCAUCAGUCUAUUAAGGAUCAGAGUUUCACAGACAGCUUGGAGAAUCAGUCGGAUAUAAGCAGCAGCCAGGAUAUGCCAUCCUCGGCGGCCACAACAACAACGACAACCGCCUCGGCCACCUCCACGGUCUAUGACGAUGACACGAAGCCCACGCUGCCACCAGCGCCCGCUACAGUGACUGCAGAGUCACUCCGUUUUGUCACGCUUCACAUGGACAAAUCUAAGAAUCUGGGCAUAAAGCUAUUUGGCGGCAACAAGGUGGGCAUCUAUGUGCAUGAUGUAGCGCCUGGUUCACCCUCGGAUCACGCCGGCAUACGCAAGGGUGAUCUCAUACUGGAGUACAAUGGCGUCGAUUUGAGUGGCGUUACCGCCGAGCAGGCGGCCAAUGAGAUCUCCAAGCUAACCGACACGGUCACAAUGCUGGUGCAGAACAAGCUACAAACACUCAAGCAAAUUAAGGAUAAGCCUGGGGAUUCGUUCUAUGUACGCGUGGGGUUUGAUCGCAUUGGUGAACUGAACGAGGAUGAUUUGCGUUUUGCCAAGGAUGAGGUUCUCUAUGUGGACAACACGGUGUUCAAUGGCACAUUUGGCCUGUGGCGCGCCUGGAAAUUGGAUGCAAUGGGACAUCGCAAGGAGUGCGGCAUUAUACCAAGUCAAAUGAAGGUGGAGGAGGAGUUGCGCUCGGGUGAGGUUGUCGACUGUGAUACGGGCACUGCGCGCCGGGGCAGCACCUCGGCGCGUCGUUCAUUCUUUCGCCGAAAGAAGAAUCAACGCAGCUCGUCCCGUGACUCCACGGAAAUAGCGAGUUUCAGCAACACGCAGCUGAGUUUCUUUCCCGACUCGGGCAUCCUUAAUGACGAUGGGGGCGUGAUGAGCUAUCAGCGUGUGGAGCUGUUAGACUCGCCCAUUCGUCGUCCUGUGCUAAUCAUUGGACCACUUUCCGAGUGCUUAAUGGAUCGUCUAAAAAUGGAUUUCUCCAAUUUGUUUAAGCUGUGCGAGGUAACCGCCAUGGACUGCUCACAGGAGGCCAUGGAGGAGGGACUAAAGGAGAACAUAUUCGUGGACUAUCGUCGACGCGGCAACAAAUUCGAAUGCACCACAGUGGAGGCCAUUAGCAAUGCGUGCAAGAAUGAUCGGCGCCACUGCAUCCUGGAUGUGUCGAUCUCAGCCGUGGAGCGACUGCAGCGCCUACAAAUCUAUCCGAUUGUGUUGCUCUUGCGUUUCAAGUCGGCAAAGCAAAUUCGUGACAUACGGGACUUUGGCACUGACAAAAUAUCAGCCAAGGCGGCCAAGGAAAUGUACGAGCGUGCUCUUAAGCUGGAGUUCGACUACAAACAAUACAUAUCAGCCGUCAUACCUGGCGUCAGCAUCAAGCACAUGUGCACACAGAUCAAGGAUGCCGUCGACAAGGAGCAGGACAAGCUGCUCUGGGUGCCCGUUACCAAUGGCUAGCACAAGCAUCUUUAGUUUUUAGUUAUUAUUAGAGAAUAUGUCGACAGAUACCCUAACCCACACACACACAAUGGGUAUUCAUAUUAUUAUCAAUAUUAUUAUACAAAUUCUGUAUUCGUUUAGUUCAACGCAGAGUAUUCAAUUGUCGUCAAUGCUAUAGCACAUUAUUUUUUGUUAAUUGCAUUUAAGGCUCGGUAUUUACUUUUUGUUUGUUUCAUUGUCUCUUGUCUCUAUUAAUUUAUGCAAUUGUCAUCGCUCGUCUGUGUGAGAGUUUCAGAAAUUCUCAAUAAAAUUAAACUACAUUUAUUCUAAAUACUGUUUAAAGCAUUUUGGCUUCAACAUAAUCGUUAUUUAUUUCAAAUGUUUACUGUGGCAAUAUUUCCAGAACUUUUCAAAAUUUAUAGAAACAAGCUUUAUACAAAUUAAGUGCCUUACUCAUUGCUGAAAAUAUGCAAAAUAGUAACUCGGUUGUCAUUAUGCAACAUUAAACAAAUAAAUCUUUAUUCGAUGAACAGAAUAUGUAGUGAACAAUAAAUGCUAUUACUUUUACAA